UCAGACGAACAGAUUAUAACGGACUACCAUGGAUAUUUAACACAGGAUGAACAAAUAAGCACUGAAGAUGUUAAUGAAAGAAGAUAUAAAUUCAUUCGUGCUAUAGGUUAUGACAUAAGCUGUACUGUACAGUAUGACACGGGUAAAGCACCAGAAGCAUUUAGUUAUAACGAUGAAAUUUAUGCCUCUACUUUCUCUGUUAAAGGUGUAUUAGUUGAACCAAGAUUUACUUUGAGAGUUAAGUCAAAAAUAACGUUUGAAGAUGCUAUUAAAAGUAAAGCUGACAAAGUUGAACUCGAAGCAAUGAACAAAGUUUUGAAAUCUCAUAAACACAACAUCUCCGAUAUAAAUGAACAUCAAGCUACAUUAGACAGUAAAGCCGACAAGAACCAUACACAUAAAUCCUUCACUACUGUUAGAGCAGACGACAUAAUAUUGAACUAUACCCUUGGUUCAAGUGCACCUUUAGAGAAUCCAAGUACAAGCGUAAAAGAUACACUAAACUCCUUAAAUAGUAAAUGUAUGAACAUUGAAGGUCAUGUCAGAAACUUUGAAACACAUGAACUACCAGCAAUGUUAGAUAAAAAAGCAGAUAAAGAACAUACACAUAACUCCUUCUCAACUGUUGCUAUAGAAAGUAUUGAAGGAACGGUUGGCGGAACUGGUGGGGAUGCAUUAUAUUAUAAACCUCCUAACUUUCCACAAGGUUUAACAUCGAAUGAAAACAUAACAACGAAGAAAGACAUUAGCUGUAAAAAUGUUUAUGUCAUGGACGAUGAAAAUAAUGUUAAAUUCACUGCUCAAGAUUUAUAUGAUAAUAAAGCUGACAAGAACCAUACACAUAAAUCCUUCACUACUGUUAGAGCAGACGACAUAAUAUUGAACUAUACCCUUGGUUCAAGUGCACCAUUAGAAAAUCCAAGUACAAGCGUAAAAGAUACUCUUAACAAUUUAGAUAACAGUUGCAGGAAUAUCGAAGAUCAUGCCAGAAACUUUGAAGCAUAUGAACUACCAACAAUGUUAGAUAAGAAAGCAGACAAAACAGAGCUUCAAACAUUAAAGACAGAAAUACUUCAAACAUUAUAUCCUAUAGGCUCUAUUUAUACGUCAAUGAACUCAACGAAUCCAGAAACAGUUCUGGGUUUUGGUACGUGGAAGCAGAUUGUAGAUAAAUUCUUAUACUGUGCUAGAUAUUCAAAGCAAACAGGAGGUUCGAAGAAAAUUAAAGAAGCAAACCUUCCACCGCACACUCAUACAGGAACUACAAACACAACAGGUAAUCAUUCACAUUCAAUAACAAAAAGAGGUUAUAUAAAUCUUGCAGCGGGUUCGGAUAGACAGGGAAUGAAUAGAUAUGAUAUUUCAAGUGACCCAGUAGAUUCAAGCACAGGUAUUUUCUGUGGAACCACAGGAAAUCAUUCACACACUUUCACAACAAAUCCAACAGGCUCGGGUGCAGAUUAUAUGCCACCAUUUGUGACUGUAUUCGCAUGGUACCGCGUUCAAUGA